AAUGGAUAAAAUGUCAUACUUAAAGAAGUAUAUGGAUUCAGGAUAAUCGAAAACAAAAGUUACUUAUCAAAAUAAUUUAAAAGAUUAAGACAAUAUUGAUAUUUUGAUGGGUAGAGUAAUAAGCAAGGAAAAUUAUGAUGAAUUAGAACAAUAGCCAGUAUUUGUUGAAACGGCAGAAUCUAUACAUAUAGAUAAAUAGAAGAAAUAAGUGUUUCUUUAAUAGAUGUUAAAUAAAGAGAGAAGUAGAAGUAAUAGUCAAGUAUCAAGUUCCUCAGAAUCAGAUUCAGAGUCUGAUGAUUCUUCAAGUUAAUCUGAUUCUGAUUUAUCUGUUGAAAGAGCACCUAAACCAUAAGAAGUCAUUCAUAGAGAUGUUAAAACUGGGCAAAGGAUUACUUAAAGUUAAAGAGUUGAAUAAGAAAAAUAAUAAAAUCCUAAAUUGAAAGCUAAGGAGGAUAAAUAGACUAUUCUUUAAGCAAAUAAAUAAUAAAUAGAAAUGUGGUCAAAAGGACUUGUGUAAAUUUAAGAUAAAUAGAAAAAGUAAGAAGAUGCUCAAUAAGCUUUAGCAAUUAAAAAUGAAGAUUAGAUUAAAUAAAUGGAUAUGUAAUUAAUGGGCUAAUAAAAAUUUGAUGAUCCAAUGAGAUAAAUCAUAUAGGAAGAAGAUGAUAAAUAAAUUACUUUAAAAAAAUCUGAUUUCUUACUCAAAUGCAAAUUUCCACCUCCAAUCAAUAGAUUUAACAUUUUACCUGGAUUUAGAUGGGAUGGUGUAGAUAGAAGUAAUGGUUAUGAAAUGAAAUUGCUCAAUUCAAUAAAUGAAAAUAAAUAUAAAAAAUUAGAAAAAUAACUUGAAAAUAUGAGAGAUUAAUGA